CCCGCCCGGCCGGCUCUCCGCGGCGCAGUCGGCGGGCCGAGGCCAUGGUAGAGGCGGCAGACGAGGCGCCGCUGCUCUUCUGGGCCGAGGGCCCCGCGGUCUCCCUGCCGCAGCCCGAGCCGGAGCGGGGCGGCUGGAGCCUGGCCCCGGGGGGCGGCGCGGCGUGGGGCGGCCCCGGGGAGCUGCCGCGGGGGCCGGAGGCGGAGGCGGAGGCGGACCAGAUCGUGGCGGUGUUCGUGGUCACCUUCGAUCCCCGCUCCGGUAACAUGGUGGAAUGGUGUUUGCCCCAAGACAUUGACUUAGAGGGUGUUGAGUUCAAAUCCAUGGCAAGUGGGUCACACAAAGUCCAGUCGGAUUUCAUUUAUUUCCGGAAAGGGCUCUGCUUCGGCCUGGCCUGCUUUGAAAACAUGCCAGUGGAGAGCGAAUUAGAGCGUGGCGCCCGCAUGAAGUCUGUGGGGAUUCUCUCCCCUUCGUACACCCUGCUCUAUAGAUACAUGCACUUCCUGGAGAACCAGGUCCGACACCAGCUAGAGAUGCCAGGGCAUUACUCCCACCUGGAGGCGUUUUAUGAUGACAAGAAGGGGCUUCUCCCUGCUGGCAAGGGUACUUCCAGCUCUCAGCCACCUGUCCACUGGCUGCCCUCCAUCCACAGAUACAUGUAUCCAGAGAUGAAGAUCACACACCCCGCAGGCUGUAUGUCUCAGUUCAUUAAGUUCUUUGGAGAGCAGAUCCUCAUCCUCUGGAAGUUCGCUCUGCUACGCAAGCGCAUUUUGAUAUUUUCACCACCGCCAGUAGGAGUUGUCUGCUAUAGAGUGUAUUGCUGUUGCUGCCUAGCCAAUGUCUCACUGCCUGGCAUUGGGGGGACCGUUCCAGAGUCUAAGCCUUUUUUCUAUGUGAAUGUGGCAGACAUAGAAAUGCUGGAGACUGAAGUGUCUUAUGUGGCCUGCACGACAGAAAAAAUCUUUGAGGAGAAGCGAGAUCUCUAUGAUGUCUAUGUGGAUAACCAGAAUGUGAAGACGCACCAUGAGCAUCUGCAGCCGCUCCUGAAGAUUAACAGUGCUGACAAGGAAAAAUACCGGCGGCUCAAUGACCAGAGGCAGAUGUUGAUGUACUCUCAGGAGGUGGAGGAGGACUGCAGCUGCUGUGAAGAGGACCUCUUUAUCUUGUUUUUCAUGGAGCAGAACAAUCGGAUAUUUCAGACACUGAUGGAGGUGUCAGCCAGCCAGGACAAGACCUUGACAGCUGACCAUGCCCGGGGCAUGGGCCUGGACCCACAAGGUGACCGAAGCUUCCUAAUGGACCUGCUGGAAGUGUAUGGCAUUGAUGUCAUGCUAGUCAUUGAUAACCCCUGCUGCACUUAAACUGAGGACAAAAGAGACCGGGAGCAGCGAUGGCUUUUUAAAGACUAUGGAACAUUGCUUAGGAGCGUCACUGGAACUCACCACACCGUCACUGGAAGGAUCUCAUUUAUUUAAUAACUUUAUACAGAAAAGUAUUUAUAAUUUUAAACAAAAUGUGAUUUUAUUUUCCUUUCUUCAGGAUUGACUGCUCGAGGUUUGGUUUGUUUUUUUCCUGAUAGCCAUAGGAGCAACGGCACCUUUUCACCAACCCUCACAGUUGACAUUGGCAACUGUUUUUGGCCUAGUCUGGAUUUGUGAGGCGCUGGAGAUUUCAGGGAAAGCACCUUCUCUUAUGGGGACCAAUGUGAAAUCAUGCGUAUUUGAGCCUUUAGGAGUUGACCGUGGAGAACGUCCCCUCCAACUGGAUAUCGUACAGUGCUCCCCAAUCUUUUCAACAUCCUCCACCCUAUUGUGUCUCUCACUGGGGACAGUUAAUUAUGCAAAUUAGACUCUGUACACCCGACUUGCCCACCUUUUCAGCAGUUGAGUUGGAGUCCAACCACCAUCCCCAUCUAUGGCAGAAGUAAACUGUUAAGACUAGGUUCGCUACAGGAUCAUGUGAUCACUUUAAAUUAUGGGAUGGUAGAAGGUGUUACAUUCUCACUUCCAGCAUUUGAAAAGAGGAGUUAUCUAGAGCCUACCCUCCCCAUUUCAUGCCAGGAGUGCAGGAGAACAGAGAAGCUCUUCACCUCCUGGUGUCUCUUAACUCCGCCUUUAUUUAUUAGUUGCAUGGAUCCUGCUUUGAUUAAAGAUUUUAAAACAGCAGGAUAGUGUCCAGGUAGCCCCUACUGAGCAGCGACCAAUAUCACAAUGGCACCCUACAGUUGCUGUCCUUUGCAGUCUCUUCUCAGGGCAGGCUUGAGCAUCGUUGAUAGAGCUGUGUGGGAAAUGCUUGGCUCUAACUCGACAUCAGCCCUUCCUUCAUUGCUAACUUCAGCAACAGAAUGGGCAGAAUCUUUCUGCAGGGUCUGCUACUUACUCCGGCUUCUGUUCUGCCUGAGCAUUCAGUUAAGUGGAUCAUUUUUUCUCAGGAAGCUGUCAAUGGGACAGUCCAUUUAUUUUUCAGUCAGAGAUAUAAGAGGUUGUAGCCCUGGUGCCUGGCUGGCCUUACUAUUUGCAAUGAGUUCCCUUGUGGCUUGGAGUUCUCUUCUGACUCAGCUGCCAGAGGAGGAAAUGAGGGUGUGUGUGUAUUGGUGAGGGGGUCAAAGUACCAGAUUUUUCUUCCUAUCCAUUAGCUCUGCUUCUCCUCAGCAUAAGGAUUUCUCACUCCUCAGCAAUGGAUAUGGGCCAGUGACCACUGGCUGGACCAUAGGGCCCCUUGCUUGUUCCUGUGAAAGGUUGGCUGUGUUCAGCAUGCCUUCCUCCCCUUGCAACACUUGAAUGUAUGAUGCUAAGUCCUAGGAGUAACUAGCUGCCUUGCAGCACCUGAUGUUCUUACUGGCCCUCAUUCAGCAUGGCAGUACCACUGACUACCCUGUCCUGGUGACUUCAGUAGGUUUACUCACAUGUUUGAAGUUAGGUAUAUGCUUAAGUACCUUGUUUGAAUUGGGACCAUAAUGAUCUAGCUGCCCUUUCCCCUACACUUAUUUCAGCAUCAUAGCUCUCUUGUAAACCAUAAUCCAGCAUUUCAUCUUCUAGCCCUGUAGCUACUAUGGAAGUGUUUCUUGCCAUCAGCAGAGUGGACACUCCAGUCCUUCUUUCUUCUGGAUUUUGCUGCUGGAUAGGGUUCAGCCUGACCACCCUACAUUUCCCCAGUUCCUUGUUUUUAAUCUGUAUAUUUAUUUACACAUACCUCCCCCUCAAUGAAUGUCCUGCACUGCAUCUCUAAUUUAGCAUCUGUGCCUUUUGAGGUGCUUAGAGGCAGGUACAGUUUAUCUCCAGCAGACAUCUCAGCUGUUUGCUUGAGAUUCAGGGUCUUUCCUAACUCAAGGGAGCAGAGAGCUUGAUGUUGAGGGAAGGGAAAGAAUGUGGCACAGGCAAAUCAAGGCCCUCCUAGUGCUAUUUUAACUAGUAUAAUACAUAGCACUUCACAGCCUCCAAGUGCUGCGUGAGCAAAGUGGACUCUCUUUUCUCUCUGCUUCUCCUGGGCUCUGACUACUUUUCUACAGGAGAAAAACAUGCUGCUACUUUUGUUGUGUAUCCUCUGCAAUUGUAUUGCAUUCAUUCUCCCAAAAAGGCUAGGGUGUGACCGAUAGAAGCAGUUGAACAGAGCUGGUUGCAAUUAAAAUGUCACUUUUGAGGAAGGCUUUUUCUUGAUUUUUGUUUUGUUUUUGUUCUGACCUCUUUUUCAAGCAGAAUCGCCCAAUACAAUCGACAUUUGACUCUGCCUUCCCACCUCAUUUCUGUUGGGUUCUCUCUCUAGCCAUCCCCACCCAAAGUAGAUUCUCUCUGCAAGGAGGGCGGUAUGGCAGACUUGCGUUACUAGGGCUUGAGUAAGCUAUUAGGAAUAAACAAAGGCAUUGAAACGUGAAUCACCUAGCUCCUUUUUGCUACUACUUGACUAGGAAUUUUGCUCCGAUCAGCUUUUGGGGGCCCUCUCCUGCUCCCACUGAAGUCAGUAGUUGUAUCCUCAGGAAGUUACAGCCCUCUACAACCCGAGUCUUUCGAACAUGUUUCUGAGCUGUAGCAGGGCUGUGUGUGUUCAUGUGCUGUCGGAAAACUAGCUCCACCAGAUGGCAUUGCCAGAAGAGGAUAAAGGAGAAGCAGCAAAGCGAUGGCCUAGCUAGGGUAAAAGAAUCAGCUGUCUUGCAUCCCAGUUCGAUAGCUAUAGUCUGUCUGCUCUCCUGUGUAAUCCGGUUUCCAUAAGUCUCUCUCGAAAGGCAGAUGCUGCAGGAGAUGAGAACUAUCCAAACAAGAAGGGCCUCCUUGUUAGCCGAUUGGAGGGAAUUUGCUGCCUAAAUAUGAGGCAGUGCUGUGAGUCACCUGCUUUGGCUCUCUGAAGUAAUUCCUCUUCAUGCCUGGCUUCUUGGUAGUGAAAGCAAUGGUAGUUCUGCAGCCUUAGGGUAGAUGUGUGCAACACAACAGUGUGGUAAGGGAUUGGUUAAGAAUUGCUAAGGAAGCAGUUACUGGUUUCUUCCUUUGAAGAUAAAGCACUAUUGCAUAUAUUUCCUCCUAGCAUAACAGGCAACAUGAAUCUGAAUUCUUCCCCUCUUCCUUCAAAAGUCAACACUUGAGAAUUACUGCAACCCUGGGUAGUGCUUUGCUGUUCUGGGUUUUUUUUUUAAAACACACCGCAGCUAGAACAUCUUGGUUAAGGAGUGUAUUUUGGGGGUGGGGGCAGAGGAGGAGAACGUGUUUAACAGUAAAGCUUGUUUGUUUGUUUUUGAUUAAAAGGAGGGCAAGACGUGACUGUCUUUUUGUUAUUGGGAACUCGUAGAAAAUCCUCUUCUGUGGAAAUUUUGAAAGUACUUUGCCUUUAAAGUGGUGCCUUCAGAUUUUUUUAAGGUGACUAUGGCUGUUAGCAUUUGUAGUUGCAUGCCCUCUGAUCCCCUCAUAACGGCCCUCCAUACAGUUUCGGAACCCCGAUUUGGCCCUCAGGCCAAAAAGUUUGCCCACUCUUGGUGUAAUCCAUUGUUCCUUCUUAAGUGGAGUACUUUGUAUUUGUCCUUUUUGAAUUUCAUCCUAUUUACUUCAGACCAUUUCUCCAGAUCAUUCUGAAUUUGAAUCCUAUUCACCAAAGCACCCACAACCCCUCCCAGCUUGGGAUAGUUCGCGAACUUUAUAAGUAUACUCUAGCUAAAUCAUUUGAUGAAGAUAUUGAACAGAACCAGACCCAGAACUAAUCCCUGUGAGACCUGACUUGAUAUACCCUUCAAUCUUGAUUGUGAACCACUGAUAACGUGAGCUGUAGCUCACGAAAGCUUAUGCUCUAAUAAAUUUGUUAGUCUCUAAGGUGCCACAAGUACUCCUUUUCUUUUCUGGGAAUGGUUUUCCAAUUAGUUAUGCACUUACCUUAUAGUGGCUCCAUCUAGGUUAUAUUUCCCUAAUUUGUUUAUGACACGGUCAUGCGAGACAGUAUCAAAAGCUGCACUAAAGACAAGAUGUACCACAUCUACCACUUCACCCCCCAUUCACAAGGCUUGUUACCCAGUCAAAGAAAGUAUUACAUUGCUUUGACAUGAUUUGUUCUUGACAAUAAGGUGAAAAGUAACAGCAUGGGUUUAUCUUCUUAGUGUUUGCAAACUGAUUGCUCCAUUAUCUUUCCGGGUACUGAAGUUAAGCUGACUGAUCUGUAAUUUGCUUGGUUGUUAUUUCCUUUUUUAUAAAUGGGCAUUAUAUUUGCCCUUUUCCAGUCCUCUAGAAUCUCUCCCUUCUUCUUCCAUGAUUUUUCAAAGAUAAUUGUUAAUGGCUCUCAUCUCCUUAGUCCGCUCCUUGAGUAUUCUAGGAUGGAUUUCAUCAGGCCCUGGUGACUUGAAGACAUCUAACUUGUUCUUUCCCUAUUUUAGCCUCUGAUUCUACCUCAUUUUCACUGGCAUUCACUCUGUUAGAUGACCAAUUGCUACUAAUCUUUUUGGUGAAAACUGAAAAGUCAUUUAAGACUUCUGCCAUUUGCACAUUUUCUGUUCCUGUUUUUCCCCCCUCAUUGAGUAAUGGACCUACCCUGUCCUUGGCCUUCCUCUUGCUUCUAAUGUAUUUUUCUUGUUACCCUUUGUCUGUAGCUAGUUUAAUCUUUUGUGCCUUAGCCUGUUUAAUUUUAUCCCUACAUACUUGUUUGUUUAUAUUCAUUCUUCAUAAUUUGACCUAGUUUCCAUUUUUUGUAGGACUCUUAUUUUGAGUUUCAAAUCAAUGACAAUCUCCUGGUUAAGCCAGGGUGUCCUGUUGCCAUGCUUCCAAUCAUUCCUAUGCAGUGGAAUAUUGUGCCCCUUGAACUGUUUUUCCCCUUAGACUUGCUUCCCAUGGGAAUCUUACCUACCAACUCCAUGAAUUUGCUAAAGUCUGUCUUCUUGAAAUCCAUUAUCUUUAUUGUGCUGUUUUCCUUCCUACCAUUUCAUGAUCGCUUUCACCUGUUGCCUUCCACUUGUCAACCAGAUUUGUCAAUCAAAUCUAGAACAGCCUCUCCCCUCGUAGUCUGUGUGUCUAACCCACAGUGCCUACAGUCUGAAAGGGAUACAUUUAUUUCUGUCCCAGAGAAAUAAAUGCAUUACCAUAGUAUGAUCAGCUCCCAUUCUUUAGCGUGUGCUCACAACAGCCCUGUGAAGAAGGGAAAUGCUAUUACCCUGUUUUACAGCUAGGAAGUCUGUACUGGACCGGGAAUUGAGUGCAGCUCUCCCAAGUCCCAGGCUUGUACCCUAACCACUAGGCCACUAUUUCUCUGUUCUGUCUUAAUAAAAAAGGAGGCCCCAGAUUUAGUAAAAUUCUGCAGGGGGUUUUCAGCCAGUUUCCUUAUUUACCAAAUGGAUGGUUAGAGCAACUUCGUUUGGUAAACUGGUGAGUGCUGCUUGAGCAAGGCUGGAGUUAUUUCCUCAACUGUUACUGGCUUCCAGAGCAGCCACUAAGCUGCAAAGGAGCAGCUUACAUGGGUACAGUGACACUUGUAUUUCUCAGUGAGAAAAAGCACGGGCUUUUAAAGGCUGAAUUGUUUCCACAGAGGGGCCAAGAGGAACUUGCACCCCAAAACAGCAUUUGUUUUUAAACUAUUAAAGCUCACAUUUUAACAUGA